UUCUAAUCCCUUCCAAAAGCAAAGAUUAGCUAUUACUUCUCUGUUCUGAUUUUCUUUUUCAAUUUUUGUCCUCAGCUUCAUCUUCUGCUUCUGUAACUUUCUUUCCAACCAUCUCUACGUUUCCCUUUUUUUUCCAUUGAUUGCAGAGGAGACCUAGAUAUUUAAGAUCUUUAUCCAGUGCACAAAUCAUCGGCGAAGUACUUUUUGGAUGAAAUGUAUAGUGGAAAUUCAUUGCGGAGAACCACAACACUUGGUAGUGAGAAAGAACGAGAGCGAGUGUAUGAUACUAUCUUCCGCUUGCCAUAUAGAUGUGAAGUGCUUAUAGAUGUUGGAUUCUUUGUUUGCUUUGAUGCGUUUCUGUCCUUGUUAACUAUCAUGCCAACAAGGAUUCUGAUUAAGCUUUGGAGGUUCCUGACUGCAAGGCAGUUCAAGAGGCUUUCUGCAGCAGAGCUGUGUGAUUUUGGCUGCUUUCUUGUUCUAGCAUGUGGAGUCAUUCUCCUGGGCCAAAUAGAUAUCAGUCUAAUAUAUCACAUGAUUCGUGGUCAAGGAACAAUCAAACUCUAUAUGAUCUACAAUGUGUUGGAGUGUUUCUUGCUGCAACUUAUAAGUUCAGGACAAGCUGAAAAAUCAACGAGCUUCAGCUCUUUCAUGAUGAGAAUUUUUCAGCGUGGUCUUUUGCGUCAGAGAGAUAAAGAAUCUCCAAGAUUAACUGAGAGUGGUUUCCAAUUCUUGUUGAUGGAUACAAAUGCUCAGCUUUGGUAUAUCAUCAGAGAGUAUAUCUCCAAUUCAGAGGUAUAUUUGAUGAGAUAAUUAUU